GUAAAUGUAUGGGUUUUCUUUCUUUAUUUGUUGGAUAAUUGGACUAGACACGAAAAUGUUCUAUAAACAACAACGAAACGUAUUUGACGUUUAAAUUUUAUAAUAAUGGCGUAUUUGUGUUCUUCGCACAAAACAUUUUAUUUAUUUCAAUAAUUCAAUGUUUAUUUACCAUUUCUGAAUGAAACAUAGGUUUCUAAUUGUUGUGUAACAUUGACUAUUCGAAAUGGAAUCUGAAGAAAAUAAUUUGUGCUGUGGUUGCCUCAGUGCAGGGCGAAAAAUGAUAUUACAAGUCGAGUACUGGAAGAAACUGACUUUUUCACAAAUAAUCAAUGAAAUUACUCUAUCGCAAGGUGACAGUGUGCCAAUAUGGUUAUGUUGGGAGUGCAGUGCACAGUUAGAACACUUUACAAAAUUCAAGACCAAAGUCCGAACCUCGUACGCCAUGUUCCUUGAUUUUAUUAGACAGAAUACGAACCUACCGAAUCUCACACCAACACCAAAACUAACUAAACACGACAUAUUUAACUUUGAUCUACAAAACACAUCACACAAACCAUUCCAAGUUAUACCUACACACAACACUGAGAUACCCAUAAAAGAAGAAUUCAGCGUCUGCUCAGAAGACAACAACUCAGACGAUGAAAAACUUAUCAUUUAUAAGUCGAAUAAACCAAAAAAUGGUAGAAUUAAGAAGAAAAGAAGAAAGAGAAAGAAAAUGGAAGCGUUUAGAGAAGUCGAGUUGAGUCCAGAUGAGUUGUUAAAAGAAAGAAAAGACGCUAUGCUGAAAGAAGAAUAUGCGAAUGCUAUGUUUAGAUGUGAGAAGUGUAUACUGUCUUUCCCUAACGCAGAAGAUUUGAAGGACCAUUAUCAUAUGAAACAUGACUUGCACUCAGCAAACUAUAAAUGCCAUAUAUGCGAAUGUUCGUUCGCGUCCGAGGUAUCAUUCAAUUAUCAUACGAACAAACAUAUACGUCGAUACGAGUGCAGCGUAUGUACGGAGCGGUGCGUCAGUAAACGAGCUAUCGCCAAACACUAUGAGCUGGUCCAUUAUAAUGGCCCGUCAAUAGGCAUCGAUGUCCAAGACACCCAAAUAGAAGUAAACACACAGAACCAAGAAAAAGACUUAUCGAAUGAUCAGAAUGAAUUAUCAAAAGACAACGCAGAUGUCACGGAUGAAAGUACAAAACAGACGCCAGCACUGUUCGUAUGUGAUACUUGUGACAAGAGGUUCAAAUGGAAGGCGUCGCUGCGGAAACACGUUGAGGUACACCGGAUCGAGACCGGACAGAAACGUAAACCGUACUGCGAAACCUGCAGGUUAUCAUUCACGACGACAGCGAAUUUACAGAAGCACGUAAAGACUAGUACCAAUCAUCAAAUCCAAUUGAAACUUAGGAAAUUAACAGAAGCCCUACCGGACUCGAGUAACGCGGAGAAACGCCAGCAGCAUAUAGAACAGAUAAAGUGUUCAGUUUUAGGAUCGAGACAGAAGUUCCCUUGUCCGCAGUGCGACAAGAAGUUCCUGUGCAGAGGGAACCUUCUUCGUCAUGUACACAGCCAUGUAGCUAGAGCAAACGGCAACUUAGUAUGCAAGCCGUGCAACCGAACGUUCUCAUCCAUAGCGACCUACAAACAACACAUGAGUAUUAGCAGGAAGCAUGUCAGCGAAAAUGAUUUCAAGUAUAUGUGCAGUGAUUGUGGCAAGCGGUUUCCGAAUAAAACUCAAUUGAAAGACCACGUGGAUUGGGAACAUUUGAAAAAUUUCGUUCACAUAUGUUCUGUGUGUCAGAAGGUAUUAAAAAGCAAGACUUCUCUGUACCUUCACAAACAAGUUGUGCAUAAGACAGAAAACACUGAACAUUUGUGUGAUCACUGCGGGAAAUCUUUCGCUAAUCAAUCGAAGCUCCGUAGUCAUGUGUUAGCGCUGCACAGUGCUCAGGCAGCUUAUAAGUGUAACAUUUGCGGGGCUCGCUUCAGCUGGCUCUCCUGUCUGUCUAGACAUACCAAGAAACUCCAUCCGCAGCUAAAUAAAACUUAAGAAUCAUCCUUUAUUAU